AUGUUGAAACGGAAAUUUAUUGACAUCGGAGCAAAUCUCACGGACGCCAUGUUCCAGGGGAUUUAUAAUGGUUCGAAAAAGCAUAUGCCAGAUCUCGAUCAAGUGCUUUCACGUGCCUACAAAGUCGGCCUGGAGAAAAUUAUUGUCACUGCUGGUUGUAGAGAAGAUAUUGCAGCUGCUAGGGCCCUUUGUUCUACUGAUUCGCGCCUCUAUUACACUGUGGGGUGUCACCCAACUCGGUGUCAAGAAUUUUCCGCUGAUCCUGAGCAUUACUACCUAGAACUUCGUGACAGUGUUCUCGAGGGCGGAUCUCGUGUUGUUGCCGUUGGCGAAUGUGGAUUAGAUUAUGAUAGAGAACACUUUUGUCCAAUUGAUGUACAGCAGACUUAUUUUCGACGGCAAUUAGUGCUUGCAAAUGAGACAAAUUUGCCCCUGUUUCUGCAUUGUCGUAAUGCCUUUGCUGACUUGCUUGGUAUUAUCAAAAAGCACAUUGAAUUAUUUGGCCCGAUUAGUGGUGUAGUGCAUACCUUUGACGGAACCAAAGAACAAGCUGCCGGCUUUAUCGAUUUAGGUUUACAUAUUGGAUUUAAUGGUUGCAGCCUGAAAACUGAUGAAAACUUACAGGUUGUGGCUUCGAUUCCGUCUGAUCGCAUUCUUCUGGAAACAGAUGCACCAUGGUGUGGAAUACGCCGUACGCACGCAGGCUUUAAUCAUGUGGUGACCAAAUUUGAAAAUAAAAAGCCAAACAAGUGGGAGUCGGGGUGCAUGGUCUCCGGGAGAAAUGAACCUGCUAACAUUGUUCAGGUCCUGGAGGUGGUGGCGGCCGUCAGGAGCCAGCCAAUUGAUGAACUCGCUAGCAUUAUAUAUGAGAAUACUCUCCGAGUUUUCCCUGAUUUAUUGACCAGCCAAUGA